AUGGCGACGCCGCAGCUCGGCCACGCGAGACUUUCUGUCCUUGCGGUUUUUGAUAAGUGACUUCUAUUUCUACUCUGUCUUCUAUUUUACGGUUACAACCGACGACAUGCAUUGUCUGAAGCUCGGCCCGGCGGUGACGUCUUUGUUGCCCGGUCCGGUCCUUUCUAUCGCCACGUUGACUCGCUAUCCUGUCAGCCAGAUUCGCUUCUGUCAAACAGCGGCGUCGUCACAAGAGCCUCCGCUCAUUCGGGUCCCUCGCUUUUUACAGAAACGGGCUGAGAAUGUGAAACAAACUAGAAGUAAAAUCAAGAUCCCCACCGUCAAACCGGGGAAGCUUCUGAUCCAGAGCAAGAAUCCGGAGCGGAACCAGUCCGCGGCGUACACACUGGGCAAGUUCGAGGAGGCCCUCCUCUGUUCGAAAGGCUGGAAACACAAGAAAUCUUUCGGAGACUACUUCACCAUCAACAACACCAAGUCGGUGGCUCCUUUUGUGCCCGAACACGAGGACGGAAAGUUAAAAACCUUUGAGAAGCUGAACAUCUGCAAGGAGCUGGUGGGAGUUCUGGACCGGAUCAACAUCUCCCAUCCCACCACGGUGCAGCUGCAGACCAUCCCCAAAAUCAUGAAGGGGCACAAUGUUCUGUGCGCGGCUGAGACUGGAAGUGGGAAAACUCUGAGUUACCUACUGCCCAUCGUCCACAAGCUCCAGGCUGCCAGGCACCAGGAGGGUGAGGGAAGGAUCCGGGCCGUGGUAAUGGUUCCUUCUAGGGAACUGGCCCAACAAGUUGCUGCUGUGUCCAGAACUCUCUGUGCUCCAUUCGGCUUCCGGACCAGGACUGUCGGUGGUGGCAGAGGAGUGGGAAACAUCUUGAGAGUCUUCAGGGACUCUAACAUGGACAUUCUUGUGGCGACCCCCGGCGCUCUGGUCAAAGCUCUGCGUCGAAACUGCCUGACCCUGAGUGAGCUGAGGUUCCUGGUGCUGGAUGAGGCAGACACCAUGUUUGACCCCAGUUUCUCUCAACUUCUGGAGGACAUCCUGCAGCACACCGACAUCUCCAGUGGACCCAAGGACACUCAAGGUCUGCAGGCGAAAGCCCAGCUGCUGGUGGUGGGUGCCACGUUCCCCAGUGGUGUGGGAGAUGUUCUCAGCAAGGUGACUGAUCUGGGCAGUGUGGUAGUCAUCAAGAGCAAGAUGUUGCACUUCCUCAUGCAGCACGUCAAGCAGACGUUUCUGAAGAUCAGGGGAGAGGAGAAGGUUCUGGAACUCAACCGAGCUCUGAAGAUGCUCCAGGAAGAGAAGAAAGAGGGCUCAGUUCUGGUGUUCUGCAACAAGUCCUCCACGGUGAACUGGCUUGGGUACACACUAGAGGAGCUGGGCAUCUCUCACGUCCGACUGCAGGGAGAGAUGCCUGCGACACUACGCUCUGGAAUCUUCCACUCUUUCCAGAAGGGAAUGGUAAAUGUUCUGGUGUGUACGGACAUUGCCUCAAGAGGGCUGGACACUUCCCGGGUGUCUCUGGUGGUCAACUACGACUUCCCUGACUCUCACACAGACUACAUUCACAGAGCGGGCCGGGUGGGUCGUGCCGGAGGAGCGAAGGACGGAGAGGUGCUCAGCUUCGUCACUCAUCCGUGGGAGGUAGAGCUUGUGCAGAAGAUUGAGCUGGCUGCCCGUCGCAGGAGUUGUCUGCCUGGGAUGGAGACUGGUAUCCAUGAACCAAAACCUAAAGAAGAAGAGCCGUAGUCAAGUUGUUUCAAUGACCAGCGUUUACAAAUCACCCACAAAACCUGAGUGACUCCUUUUGAUCAUGAAUUUCAACAAUAAAAAGUUGCCUGUUGAGUCCAACCAUACACAACAAUUACUGGUCAAUGCCCAUGUAUGAAUCAUACAGCUUUUAUUUAUUCGUUUUUUGGAUUUAAAACAAUGCAAUUUCUUCCAACAAGCAGAUUGACAACCGUUUUUCUGUGAACCAAUAUGACUUGUCAUUGAACCACCGAUGCAUCUAAUAUCGAGAUCUGCUUCUCAAUUUAAAAUUAGUCAUAGAGAAUCUGGCACUGAUGUGCGAAAUCGAGCGUUCGUGUAAUGUGGAUGACCAACCGCUAGAUGGGGACAUAUAUCGUGUUGAUUGUUGCUUAAGCCCUUUAUGCUCUAAUAGAUUUUUUUUUAAUUUAUUACAUAGUUUUAUUGAGAUUGGUGAGCAAUCCUUCAUCAGAUUUUUCUCUCCCUAUUUUAAUAUAUUAACUGCAAGUCAAUUGUGCUUUUUAUUUUUCCUUGACUAUUAGGCCAUGAGAAAAGCGUAUUCAUCGUUAUUAUUUUUUUUAAUAUUACUCAUGUGCAGUGUAUUCAAUGAGUCGGCAGAUGGGAGCAUGUGCCUAGAAUAGACAUCUUAGCCGUCUGGUUUACUGUCGUCAGAGUUCGCAGUGGCUCGCCAGUCCCUAUGCAACUCCAAUUUUUGAGACGGAAUAUUUUUCUGUGUAAUGAUAUCAGACUUCAGAGUUGGAAGCUUUAUCCUUUUAUAAUGUACAUAUUGAAUUGUAGGUUUGUUUUCAAAUGCAUUUAUUUGUAAAACAAUAUUUCUUAAAUCCUGCCUUUCAUCAUACACUAACAUAUUUUGUUGUUAACUUUUCUUAUUCCAGAUGAUUAUUAAUACCUUUAAACUUUAUUAAUAAUCACAAUAGUUUUCAAAUUAAUUUCAUGCUGUAUUUUUGUGUGAAGUCUUUUUAUUCAUCAUAAUCUGCCCUUAUAUUUGCAUCUUUUUCUACCCUGCUCGUCCAAAGUGAUCUUCCUCUCCUUGUUACCAGGUUUAUAAUCAUCAUCAUCAUCAUCAUGGGGCUUCGAUGACGAGUACUCUUAUUGUCCACUGAUGUAGCAUUAUGAGUGGAGUAGGCAAAGACUUGUUGACGGUGGAAACAGUAACAAGGAGCCUCCUCCAGAAUGUCUGUCUUCAACUGUGAUUGUCAUUCCUCAGCCCCCAGGGUCAACAUAUUUAAGCUCUGCCCCUGUUUAGGCUCACAUUUCACCCCAGUGUACCCUGACAACAGGCGCCCAGUAUCCAGUAAUAGCCUGUAAGCAGGGAAUUCCUGACAACAACUCAGCGCAUACAACUGUCCCCAGAAGUUAUUUUUAAUUCAUGUUCUAAAAGAUAUUCAUCUUCAUAUUCAUCAUCAACAAGACGUCUGACAAAAUGAAUAAAUAAUAAUUGUAAAGAAAUGAUCAAAGACCAUUUAU